AAUCACAACGAUGUCUGUUUCAGGGAAGCUCGGACUAGGGAAUAUAAAGAAUCAAAUAGCUCACAAUCAGUUCUUAUCAGCCUUGGGUAAUAAGGAUUUGAAAGUCUUGCAAGAUGUUAUCACCUCCGAGAAAGUAUCUAUGGCUUCCUCUAUGAAUGCAUCGAAAGAUACUGAGAAAGUCGCAGAAGCCGUCAAAAGCUGGGGAUGGGGUGAAGGCGAUGACUUGAAGGACGUAUGCGCUGUUGCAGGUUCACUCUUACACCAACACGCAGGUGCUACGGCCACAGCUGCCUCCUACCAGACCAAAAUCCGCGAACAAUUCAAACGUAUCAGAACUCGUGAAGAAGAACUAGACGAACUACGUAGAAGGAGGAAAACUCUUAGCGGUAAGAUUGAAUCUGCUGAGAAGAAACUCGCAAAGAUGAACUCUGAGAACAAGAACCUCCCACAACAGACUCAAUUAUUGGAAAGCUUUAGACAGCAGGCUGCUGAUCUUGACGUCGAGAUCGUCAACUCAGAGGCUAUGAUUUGGGACUAUAAGCGUACUACCACCAAAACAGCCCUUGGUUAUAAGUUCUGCAGUUUGGUCGAAUUCGCAGAGAAAGUUUCUAUCAUCGGUGAGAUGGGUAAAUUGUUGAUAGAGGAAAUUCAACUCGAACCAUCGAUACCUGGACAGCCGCAUCCACCUUACAAUGGCGCUGAACAAACACGCAAGAUACUCGAGCAAGCGGAGAAGUCGCUUAGUGAGGUCACCUUCGGCCCACUGCCACUCACUUCCCGCCCUCCUGAACUUGAUGUAUCCGCAAAUGACUUUGCCCCACGUAUCGAAAGCAGGGAUGUAAGGUUUGAUGACACAGUUGACUCUGGUUUUAACAGAGAUAUCGCACCAGAUCCUCACAUAGACUAUGAUGAACCACCACCACCUCUCGAAGAAGCGAAGAAACCGUGGACACAUCAAAAUAACUCAUACUUGAGUGUAGACAGUGAUUUUAGGACAAGCAGCAACCCUAACGCCUAUCCUAAUGACUCAUACACUUCUGCCAACGCUUACAGUUCCUUUGACGGCUUGUCACCACCGGUGCCAAACCUCAAUGAGAAGCCACGCAGCAUUGACAAUAUUUCGAUAGGUGCAGCACCUGAAGGAGCAAGUCAUCAAUCGCCAUCAGCCAAUUCAUUAAGACGCGCCAGAGGUGAUAAAACACAGUAUGAUUAUGAUACCUCAGCUUUCUUCUCUCGUAAUCAUGCUGGAGGCUUUAAUGAUGCACCUGUCCUUAACUCCUUCACACCUGCUCCAGUUCUUGAUACGAAGCCACCGAUGAGUGUCAGUGCACCAGGAUCAGCUCUUGGUACACCUCUAAAUGGAUCAACUGUUAAUGUAAAUGAGCUUCACGAUAACUCAAAUGAACCAGCACUCUCCAAUAAGCCAGCUGAAGCUUAUGAGCAACCACAGGAAAUUCAAUUUGAAAAGAGACAUGAUAGUCUUCAAGAUAACUAUCAAGAGAAGCCAGCUGAAGUUCGUUUCGAUGUGCCAAGUGCUGGUCACUAUGAGGAGCCAGCUGACGUACAUUACAACAAACCAAAGGAAGUUCACUACGAAGAGCCUCGCUAUGAGCAGUCUCACUAUGAGCAAACACAAAGGCCACAAGAAACAAUGACAGGUAUUGGUUUAUUAAACACGUCACCAUCACCACCACCUCAACUUCCUGGCUUUGAAGAAGUGGCAGAUGAAAUACCAAGGUACCAAUUGAAUGAUAACAGCUAUACCCACCCAAAUGAAGCUCCUCAAGCGCCACCAAAAGAGGACAUUUAUGGAGGUAUAGAAGAUGACCAUCCUACUUCACCAUUACCAAAUCCUUAUGAUACACCAUUCAACCCAGUUGCUGAACCACCUUCUCACGAUACAUUUGAUAAUGAAAAUAGUCCUCAAUUCUCAUUCUCAAAUAACCACGCAAUGGCUAAUCAACCGCGUAUGUUAACAGCUGGUGCUUUCAAGCGUAGUAAUAAGCAGGAAUCACCAACCGGAAGUGACACAACUCCACCUCUGAACAUAAACAAACGCGAUACUAGCUAUGUCAAUAAUGAUGCACCUGUGGGUCCACCACCACCACGCGGUGAUAGCCUCACUUAAUAAGUUCUUGUUCUCUUGCUAAACGAAUUUCUUUCAAAUCAUUCAGUGUACAAUUAGAGACUACUAAGCUCUACUU